UUACAGGUGAAUUUCGAAUUAAUAGAUUCGCAUGCGAUAAAUGGCAAUAUUGAAGAAAUAUCCUUUAUUGGUGGACGCAUUGGUGUUAUAAAUCCAUUUGGUUUUACAACGCUCAAGGAUCGUGCCAUAAUUUUAAAAAUGGAAAAUGUGCUCGUGAAGAAAAUUGAACCCCAAGCUUUUAAGAAAUUUGCAGUUGAGCAAAUGGAAAUCACAAAUUGCGUAUUCGAACAAAAUGUGCCAUCAAAAGCGUUUUACGAAUUGGAAAUACUAAACUCACUUCACAUUCACAACGUAAAAUUUAGAGAAGUUCAUACGCGAGCUUUUUCCUUUAAAAUGAUCUCUAAAUUGAUAAUAACAAAUAAUUACUUUGAAGCUGUUGAUGGAGAAUGGAUCGAGGCUUAUGUGCGUGAUAAUGUCAUUGUCAGGGAAAACUACUUUGGCCGAACUAGCGUAAUUGCAUUCAAAGGUAUAAGAGUUCAUCGAGAUUAUAUGUCGAGUGAAAGUCUUGAACUCCGUCUAGCAAACAACACUAUCAUAUCACCAUAUGAGCAGCCACGUGCUCUCGAGUUUACCGAAGCAUUUGCAGUUAAUAUAAAGCAACUGCGCUAUGAGAAUGAGUUCGAUUGCAAGGACUUGGAUAUAACGCAGAAGCCGCCAAAGCCUAGAAAUCAAUUCUUUCUGUCAAAUAUUGACAAUAUUUUCUUUUACAAAAUGGGUUUUAACACUUCACAUGAUGCCAAUAAUUAUAACCAAAGUUUUGUAGUCUUAGGCAAAAUAAUCGAGAAGGACUGCCAGCAGCGCUCUUAUUUAUUAUAUAAAGUUUUAGGUAUUGUAGGUUCAGUUUUAUUACUUCUCAUCAUAGCAAUCAGUGUUUGGAUAUAUUUCGUUAAGAAGCGUAGACGAAGGAAAUUAGAUGUGGUCAUACCAGAGCCACGCACCUAUAAGGAAACACAAAUUGUAUACCAAAUUGAAAAUGCUGGCCUUCUUAAGACUGAUUUGUAAGAGUUUAAUUUUUAAACCAAACUAAUAAAGCAAGCGCAGAGAACUAAUUAGGUAAUAUGAAUAGUUAUUUUAUAUACUUAUGUGCUUACGUCUUACGAAAAGCUAUUAUUUCUGAGUACUAUGAAUUGAACCGUUUAAACUGCUCUACCAAAUUUAAGUUAGUAAUUUAAUUGUAUAAUAUGUAUAUAAAAUAUAAAAUCUAU